ACCAAACCUCAGCCAAACCAAGCAGAUAAAAAUAUUAUCCUGCUUUUUGUUUGGAAUGAAGUCAUCAGCCGUCAACAAUCGACCAUCUGCCAACUUGACUGAAUAAGCAAAUUCAAUUACAUAUUAUAAUUUAUACUGUAUCGAAAAAUGCGUUAAAAUAGGGACACGCUCACGCUUAAGAAUUAUUAACACGUAGUGUCAAGCAGACAGCAACAAUGAAGUGGAAAUAAUGAACAACAAACAAAUUCAGAAUUGAGUCAAAUUGAAUUCCAUAUUUUAACAUGGAGAAUCUCUGCCGUGUUUGUUUAAAAGAAGGAGCCAACAUAUCAAUAUUUGAUAGCAAAGAUGAAAACAGUGUAUAUACUAAACUCUCUUUAUGUGUUAGGGAAAAGGUAGAGGACCUUGAAGGAUAUCCUCCCAAUAUAUGCAUAGUAUGUUACAGCACCUUGGAGUCUGUCUGCGCUUUCAUCAAAAAAUACAAGGAGUCACACAAGGUUCUAGAAAGUGGGCUGAUCCCAAUAAAACAUGAGCCCUAUGAGGACAACAAUACCUAUGAUGACAUUAACAAUGACCAAUCAGAUAUUGAAAUAGAAGUAUGUGCAGUUAAAACGGAACCCCAAGAUACUACUGAUGUUUUAGGAGAACCUCUGAAGUUGAAAAUUGACAAGUUAAAACAUUUAUCCAUUAAAAGAGUUAUAAAGAAAGAAGAAGAUUCUAAUCCAGAAAAUGAGUGUGUGGAUCUUACAGAAGAGCAUGCCAAAAAGAAGAAGACAAAAAGCAGCAAAUCAGAAACAAGACUAUCAUUGAAAGAAUACAAGCAAAUGACAUUGAAACAGAGAAAAUUAAAGCUAAUGAAAAGACAGAAAGAGAUUGAAGAAAGGAGAAAAAAUAAAAGUAAACAAAAUGAUACGGAUUCAGAUCCUGCGAAGCCUGACGAACCAAAACCACCAAAACUGUGUGAUAUUUGUGGUGACACAUUUCCAACAUCCGACAAACUGUCAUAUCAUAAACAGAAAAAACAUGUAGACAUACCUGUACAAUGUCCAACUUGUAACCGUACAUGUGUAAGCACAUAUUACCUUAACAGGCAUAUUAAGAGAAAGCAUACUGAGAAGAAAGACUUUAUCUGUCAAAUCUGUGGUACAGGAUUUGCUUUUAAAGGGGAGCUGACGAGUCACUACAAAUCGGUGCAUGUGAAGAAGACAGGACCACCGAGGACUUGGGCGUGCAAGCACUGUGGGAAGACCUACAAGUGUCCGAAGUCUGUGCUUGUGCAUGAGAGAUCAGUUCAUACAGGCGAGCGUCCAGCGGUCUGCGACAUCUGCAACACCAGUUUCACCCACCACGACUACCUAAAAGAACACAUGCGUUUACAUACCGGAGAGACCCCAUUCAAGUGUCCCAUAUGCGGCCGCGGCUACGCGCAGCGCUGUAAUAUGAAGAGUCAUCUGCGCAUUCAUAAGGUGUCCGAGUUGAACCCCGAGGAGCUUAGCAAGCUUAGACCUAACUAUAUAAGGAGGUUGAAGGUAUGAUAAUUUGUAGGUAAUGGAGAAAGGGGGGCAUUCAAGAAGGGUACGUGAAGCUAUUUUUUUCUGAUUUUCUACCUUGUCUACCUUGUCAUAAAAGUCUAUAUUGCAAUAAUCUUGCUAUUGGGCAGAAUAUUUUAAAUAGGUAUCAACUUUGUGCUAUUAGUGUUAAGGUUGAAAAUCAUUCCCAAACAAGAUAUACCCGUAAAGGAGUCGAAAAUUGUUAGUCUUCAGUGUAACCAUUUAAAUUUGCAUGUGGGUCAUUAUCAGUUUCUUAGGCCCCAGGACCCCAUUUAAAAAAGGGCUUUUAACCUAAAUUUCUCUUUCUAAGAAAUAUGGUUGUUAUAGAGUUGUUUAAAAUGCGAACCAAUAGUCAAAAUAUUGUUUGCUAUGUUUGGAAGCCUAUGUACCUAGGAUACAGCCUACAGCUACACUAUUCAACUCCAGCGAGUCAUAAUCAAUCAUUAUUAUUCAUACUACUUGUUUCUAUUAUCACAGAUCAUAUAAUACUAUUAUGAAAUAAGUUUUGUUGUUUAAUUACUUACAACGAAAGUGGUCUGCCGUGUAAACAAAAAAUAAAAACACCAACUUGCUCUCUUGUCAACUUGUUUGCAAGUAAGUUUUGUAAAAGCUAAAUAUAUUAUAUCUAAAACAUGAAUCUUUUAAUAGAUUUAGAUUGUAUUGUUAGUUAUUUGUAUUGUACUAUUGUGUUGUUAGGUUCUAUCUUUUGGUUUAGUAUAGUAGGUCUUUUUACUACUGAUGUGCCGUCGAAAAUUUUCAAUAUGAAAU